AUGAAAGGGAAAGCAUUGGGUGUCUUUAAAUCCAAGCUUCUCAAGCCAUGCAAAAAACUAUUAUUCUUCUUCAGACUUAAACCCAAGAAGUCUGUGUUUAUAAGAGCUCUCAAGUUCCGUGCUCACAAGUCCACAUUCCCUAAGGCCUUCCCUACAAAACCUACUAUGUCUUCUUUGUUGCAAUCAGUGUUUCGCUCUCCGAAGAAAUCUAAGCACACAGACACGUUGCAGGGACUCGGGAGUCCCUCCAAUGUGCAUGAAACUCCACUCUUUCCAUCGCCACUUACGCCCGCUUUUGUAAAGGCUAGUGCGGUGGAGAAAAGUGAAGAAGGUUCGAGGCAAGAGGUGGAAGAUGCGUGCAAGAGUUUUGAGAAUUAUUUGGUGGAGAUGAUUGUGGAAGAAGGCAAGACUAGGGACUUGAUGGAUGUGGAGGAACUUCUGUACUGUUGGAAGAACCUUAAGUGCCCAGUCUUCAUUGAUUUAGUUAGUAGAUUUUACGGAGAGCUUUGUAAGGACUUGUUUUCUCCUGAUACUGAGGAUGGUGACAGUUCCAAGUGA